AUGUCGGAUUCGGAACUUGUUGACGGGUUGUUUCUGUCAUUGUCUGCAUUUCUUUCCACGGAAUGGAAAGGUCAGCGUCAACCGUACAGAUUCCUUGAAAAUGUCCGUACUGCGUCCUCCGCGCCAAGUCACGACACAUCCCGCAUUUUCCUCGACUCCGGCUUCAAGGCCUGGGUGGCAUAUUUCGUUGGUAAACCGACAACAGCAAACGCCGAUGGGCAAGCCCUUCGACGGCGACAGUUUGCUGCGCUGGACCGCCUGUCGGUCAGUGAAAGAAAGGGAUUUGCGGUGAAGGUCAAUGAGGUGCUACCACAUCCAACAGUCGCAACACUUAUCCUUUCGAUGGAGCGGGACGCCCGAAUGCCUAACUCGGCUGUCGCCAGUCUGGUUCCUUCCAAGCGCCCUCGUGCAGAACAUGACGAUUUCGGCUUAUCGUCAUCCUCAGCAUACCCAUCCCCUGGCUAUUCGCAGUCCUUGGGCGACAACUUGCAAGCAACUGCUGAUUCUGCCCCGCUGGCCGACGCGGCUGUGAACAAUCUCAUGUCUGCUUGGACUCCUCGACAUUACGACUUUGCGCCGACAUUCUCAUCUACUGACCAUUGCCCGAGGUCUUUGCAACUAUCCACCGAUACCUCGCGGGGGACCAUUGACGCGAGCACCUCUCCAGAAGCAGAAACACUCACAGGCGCGGAUAUUCCCGAACUUGAUCUCUUCCCCGAAUACCUGGCUGGGGCGAUCCGGAGAUAUGACACUACUCCCAAGACCGCGGCGGUAUCAAUACAAUUCCCUGCUAAUAGCAUCGGCGAUGUCAAUUGUAUCAUGAUUAUCGAGGUUCUGCCCAACAAGGUGGAACGUCUCGCGUCACUCCUGUUCAAUGCACACCUCGAGACAGACGGAAACGAGCGAGAGCUGAUCCUACCCGGUGGCUUGUGUGUGGUGCCAACACGGCUCCAGGGCAGCCCUCUCGAGUCUGUCACCCAUGUUUUUGGUUCAACAACGGCAGCCGCACUCGAAUCCGCCCCGUACCGCAAGAUUGAAGUGGCAGAAUCGGGCUCUCGCGUGGCCACUCGCUGCAUCACGAUGACUGAGUGCUCUGAUGCGAAGAAGGGUGCCCUCAUCAAGGUCACACUGGGUAGGAGAGAAGCCUCCAAGAUAUAUGAGAAGUUGUUCAAGUCGAAAUCAAGGUCCCGGUUUCCUUAG